AUGAUGGCUAAUCGCAGCAAAGGCCUCAACUCAGGGCUGAAGAACCUGGGACAAAGGAGACUGCAGGGAGGGGGCAGCAGAGAGCCCAGCCUCCACAAGCCCAUGUACUUCUUCCUAAUUAACCUCUCAGCCUAGCUAGGCACUCUGUCUACUACUAUGACUGUCCCCAAGAUGUUAUCUCUGUUUCUUCUGGGUGAUCACUUCCUCAGCUUCCCCACCUGCUUCCUGCAGAUGUACCUUUUCCAUAGCUUCUCCUGCUCUGAAGCCUUCAUCCUGGUGGUGAUGGCUUAUGACCACUACGUAGCCAUCUGCCGCCCACUGCACCACCCGGUCCACAUGACCCCACAGACCAAUGCUGCACUGGCAGCCAGCGCCUGGCUCACUGCCCUGCUCCUGCCCACCCCAGCGGUGGUACAGACCUCUCAGAUGGCAUUUGACAGCAUUGCCUACAUCUACCAUUGCUUCUGUGACCACCUGGCUGUUGUCCAGGCCUCCUGCUCUGACACUAGCCCCCAGACCCUCAUGGGCUUCUGCAUCGCCAUGGUGGUGUCCUUCCUGCCCCUCCUUCUGGUCCUUCUCUCCUAUGCUCGCAUUCUGGCCUCAGUGCUUCGCAUCAGCUCCCGAGAAGGACGUGCAAAGGCCUUCUCGACCUGCAGCUCCCACCUCCUGGUGGUGGGCACCUACUACUCAUCCAUCGCCAUAGCCUACGUGGCCUACAGGGCUGACCUGCCCCUCGACUUCCUCAUCAUGGGCAAUGUGGUGUAUGCUAUUCUCACACCAGUGCUUAACCUGCUUAUCUUUUUUUUUUCAGUGAGUUAA